CGCGCGGCCUUCCGGCGGCCUGAGGGGGUGGCACGCUCUGGAGGAGGCGGCGCGCGCGGAGAUGCCCCGCGGAGACCAGUCUCGAGGCUUGAAGAGAAAAAGAAAUUGGGAUGUAGAAUACCCAUCCUUUCCAGGAGAGAGUCCACUGCAGUGCAGACGAGCAGGUCUCAGGACCGUGGGGGCAGAAGCUUCCCUCUCUGAAGCAUGGCUCAGGUGUGGAGAAGGAUUUCAGGAGACUCCUGAGACUCUGUCAUUAACAGCUGAAAAGAAGACUACUACAGAAAAACACCUUGAAUUAUCCUCUGGACCCAAGACAGAACCUACCACAUCUAAGAGUACCAGUGGGCUUACAGCUAUAACAUGGAGUUCCAGUGGAAGUGAUCUGUCAGAUGAAGAUAAAACAAUUUUGAAAUCACAGAGAGAGAAUGGACAUGGUUCUAGAAUAGGCAGGUUUUAUAGCAGGAAUAUUUUCUCUCCAGAAGAUGGGGCCAGUGAAGAUGAUCUCCAGGUUAUUGACUGGGAGAUUGACAGUGACAGGGAAGAUACAUGUGAUGAAUUUGAAGACUGUGAGAGUGUGGUGGAAAUAUCUGACCGUGCUUCUUGUACAAGCAGUCGUUCUUUGACACCUCCAGAGAUGCUGCUUGAACUUCCUAAGACAAAUCCUACAGAAAUUUUAGAGUAUUCAUCAGAUAGUGAAAAAGAUGAUGAGUCGGAGAAUGUCUUGUUCAUUGAUUCAGAAUCCUCUCACAAAUACCACAUGGAUUUCGGAUCAGAUGGAAGACAGGUUAUGGAGAGACCGAUAAACCCUAGGGUAAAAUCUACAGAGGCCAUUUUGCAUACACCUCAGAAAGAGACAAAGCUUCCCAAGACUCCAGAAAAUUCAGCAAAGAAGAAGAAGCUUUUAAGAGGCGGGCUAGCAGAAAGACUAAAUGGACUGCAGAAUCGAGAGAGAUCUGCCGUUUCUUUGUGGAGACAUCAGUAUCUUUCUUACCAAAGGACACUUUCAGGUAUAAAAUCUGGUAUAUUAACUGUGAAAAUUCUAGAGCUUCAUGAGGAAUGCACCAUCCAAGUUGCAAUGUGUGAGCAGUUAUCGGGGCUGCAGGCUGACAGCUCUUCUCAGGGUGGGGCCCCUGGGACUGGCCUGAGGGUUCUCUUCGCCAAGGAGACUGCACGCUGCCUCCGGGGACUUCCACAAGACAUCAUCCGCAUCUACCCUCCCUGGCAAAAGCUUAUUAUCCCAAAUGGAAGUUGCCCUGUUAUUCUGAAUACUUAUUUUUGUCAGAAAGUUGUUGCCAAAGAAGAUUCAAAAACAACACAUGAAGUGCACAGUUGGGACACACCCCUUCCAAGAAGAAGCAUCAUUUUGGCCCAGAUGUUUAGAUUUAAGAGCCUAACAAAUAACUCACCUGAAAACCAGGUUAUGUGUGGUGGUCACACCACCGUGGGCACGGACUGGACCCUCAGACACGAACAAGCAGAGCUGGGCUUCCCCGCCCGAGCUCCCCUGAGGGAUUCUCUGCUGGAUGCAGUCGAAAGCCAAGGAGUUGCCACCUGGUCGGGAGCCGGGGUCCGGGUGGUGGUGCAGAGAGUUUACUCUCUUCGCUGCAGGUGUCAGCAGGCAGAUGGCACAGACCCUCCUGGAGUUCGAGUCUGCCUUCUCGUGCAAGAUGCCCUUGGACUCUUCAGUGAGGUGCACUCGGAGGGCGCCGUCCUGAAGGACAGGGAGUUGGAGGGCAAGUCCUGCAGGCUGGCGGGAAUGAAGGUUCUGCAAAAGGUCACCAGAGGAAGGAUGACAGAGCUUUUCAGUUUGAUUGACACCAUGUGGCCUCCAGUGGCGCCUCUGAAAGCACCAGGCCACGGGCCAGCCUUCGAGGAAAAAACUCAUCUGCCUCCUCCUAGCUUCUGUUACGUCCUCACUGCUCAUCCAAACCUGGGACAAAUUGAUGCAAUUGAAGAAGACUCUAUUUCGAAGCUUUACCAGCCUCCGAUUCCCCACUUCUUAAGAGAAAUUCUCCAGACUGAUGGCCCCUGUACCCGUUGCAGUUUCUAUGCCAGAGUGAUUUACCAAAGACCACAGGUAAACAGUUCGCUUCUGGAGCCAAGGGAGCUGUGGCUGGUGGUGACCGACGUUACUCUGCAAACACAGGACGAGGGCUCGGGUCUCCCCAAAACCAUGCCUGUGCGCGUGGCCCCCUCAUGCGUGCUGGGCCAGGAAGUCCGGGACGCGCUCUCUGAGGCCACCUCCAAGAGCUUCUUCUUCAGGGAUGCUCUCCGAGACCAGGGUCAGCUUGUUUGUGUUGCACGAACUGUCCUCCUGCUUCCAAAGCCCCAGCUGGGUGUGGCCUCUGGUGCCUGGGAGCUGACGAGCCCUGUGAGCCUCGAUGAGCUGGAUUCUGUCACUCGGGUCAACUCCAUUUGCAGCGUCCAAGGCGCUGUGGUCGCCGUGGACGAGAGCACCGCCUGCUCGUGGCCUGCGUGUGACCUGUGUGGCGGUGAGAGACUGGAACGGAGGCCGGAAGACAGGGGCGCCUUCUCCUGUGGGGACUGCUCCCGCGUGGUCACCUCUCCCCUCCUCAGAAGGCACCUGCAGGUCUUCCUGGACUGCCCCUUGCGACCCCAGUGCACAGUGAGGGUCAAGCUGCUGCAGCACAGUAUCUCUUCGCUCCUGAGGUUUGCCACCUGCGAGGACGGGGUUGUUUUCUGAUCGGUCUUGCAGUAGACAUACGAAUCUGUCCCCCAGCUUUGAUUAUGGUAAGUCGGUCUUGAGGUUUCAGGUUAAACCUCCUGCCAUGGUUUCACGUUAAUAGGACAAUUACCUGAGAUGCACGUUUUUCUAAAUUGCUGGGUCUCUAGUCUGAGUGCCUGGAAACUUGACUUUCACUUCUCACAUCUGCCCUGUUACUGUGGUGAGCUUUGUAAAGAGGUGUGAGGUGUGCUCCUCAAAGAAAGCACCGCCUGAGCACACAUACCUUACCUUUGGUCCUCACAUAAACGAGAGAGGUCUGUCCUUGUCAGAGCCAUUUGAAAGCCCCGUAAGUGGCCUGUGGAAUCGCUGAGCCCUGGAGAGAGUGCUAUGUCUGUGCCCUGCUGGGAUCCACAGCCAGGUGGCAGAUAUGGGCCAGCUUGUGAGACUGCUGUGAAAGGGGAGGCUCACACUCGCAGAACUUUGUGAUGGGUUCCCGAAGCGAAAUGCCAGCUCUGAUGCCAGCCCGAAUUUGGAGGCUCCCAGGCUGCUCUCCCGGCCACUUCCCAGUCCUGUCCCAGCCCGUCCUGGGCUUGGGGUGUCGGGGGAGAAGCAGCCCUUAACACUCUUUCAUGUGCACCGGAUGUCAGAGUUCGGAGUAAAUUGGAAUGUGGACAAAUCUGUGCACAGAACCUUUAAGGAUCCCUGGUCUGACUGUGGUUCCAGCUCUCAUUCCUGGCCUCGCGCAUCUCUUGAGAGCAACUCGGUGACCCCCGCAGCGCAAACCUUUGUCCGGGGGGCUGCUGCGUGGUGGGGAUUGAUGUUUGAACCCUGCUGUAGGAGGGCUUAUAGACACAUGUGCCUGACUGUGUGACAGUCCGUGUCAGUAAGCGUGUGUGAUGCCUGGGCACGGUGCUGCCCGCUGUCCCCGUGCUGCCUCACCUCCUCCCCAGCAUCCCCGUGGGCGCAGCCCAUGCUGCCCGGGAGGCGUCGGGGUAGGCCCGCGGCACGCUCCCUGCCGGAUGCAGAGACACUGCAGAGCGGGGCCAUCGCUCUGCUCACCACCUGCAGGGUAGCCAGCCCGGGUAGGGCCCGCAGGGGCCUUGUGUGUGUUGCGCUCUCGUGGAGUCCUGCGUUUCACGGGUGGCGAGGCCGCGGUUCCUGGGACUGCGGGUGCUUAGGUGAGGCCGAUGGAGUGGGUUCCAAGGUGGGGCUGCAAACGGGCACUAAAGCCGGCAGAUCCGGGUCAUCGGAGAACACGUUCCUCUGGAGGAUGCUGGGGGAGUGCUGCUUAAGAACAGAGCGAAACGAACCCAGCAGAGCGCAUGGCUGAACGCCUGGGGACGGCACCCAGAGCACCUGCCAGCCCUGCGGUUACUCAGGCACCUGCCUCCCCUGGGCCCCCAGCUCCCAGGAGGGUGGCCCUCAGCCACCUGCUCCAUCCAGGGACCUGGCAGGAACCCGCGUUCACGUGUCGCUUCGGGUGGAGGCAGGCUGUGCCUCCCCCACAGUAAACUCCUGCUGCUCCUAGAGACACAAGAGGCGGGCGUGCGGCCCAGUUGGCGAGCGCCUCGGUGACCCUGCGUGGCUGCUCUGCUGUCAGAGGCGAGGCCGGUAGGACUGGGGGGGGCGCCGAGCUCCUAACCCCCCGCUACCGCCCCCCGGUCUAUGCCCGGUGGAUUCUCAGGCUUUACGCUGACCUGGAGGGAAGCGGACACCUUCCUUCCUACCUGUAGGAGACCUCCCGGGGGCAUCGGCCACGAGGCUCAUCUGGAUUCUGUCGGUUUUCAGGAUGAGAAGGUACAUCCACCAAAAUCCAGAGAAUCAGAUGACUUUACACGAGAACCGCGGCUCCACUCCCGGAACAAAAUGUGCUGCUUCCGGGCCGGCACACACACGUGCCUUUAA